AUGGAUUUCUCCAAAGAUCCUAUCGUAAUGACCGACUCAUCGGCACAAAACGGACAACGUACCAGUCCUCCUCCCCGCUUCGAAGGAAAGCCUUAUCUGCAAUGUCUCGACACGCUGGAGGAUGCGUUUCCAGCGCUCAAGUCCUUCUUAGAAAAGCUAGCAAAUGAGGGAGAAGCCGGCCGUCAGGCUGUCAGACAACACUACGAGAAAGAGCAUCAACGUACGCCGGGCCGAUGCUAUUGCUUGGAGUUCAAGGCCAAAAGCGUCGUGGAGGUGGAAAAAGGUGGCUUUAAAAGCGCUGCUGCGCUCCGAGAGUACCUUAAGGAGAAGCCAGCCAAUAAGAGCCGUGAAGAGAGACACAAGCGGCUCUUCAUCCUUGAAGAUAUGGAACCGGACUACGUGGAUGCACUGGGCCAUCAUCUAGGCGUCGACCCUCUGGUUUUCAGCGAACAGAUGAAUACCUGGAAUUUCACUGACUCCUGGUCCAUCCCCCAUAGAGGAUUGCCAUCGAUGUCAGUGCCGGGACAGUCAUUCACUUUGCGCUAUUACGAGCUGCGCACUUUGCUCUAUCCCGAUAAGAUAGACGUUCUGAGCUUACAGACCUCGUUUGCUGUGAAUCGCCGGAGGUACGAAAGGUGGAAGGAUAUCGACAUACCUUCGUUAGGCAAGCCUGACCGAAGGCAUGCUUUCGUAAGACGGUGCGCGUCGUUCUGGACAUCGCAGAACUUUCUGCCGGACGGGAAACCGGAUGGCUUGGGAUGGGAUGCGGUUCUUUUGGUUGACCCUGCGUUUGCUGCGACAGGCAAAGAAUCAUCGAUAAAGUUGGCGGAUGAUUCAUCGACGGCGGGGAAGGCAGGGAGCAAGUGUGAGAUGGUGGGCGAUAUCAAACUCGACAGCAAUACCCGAAAAACCUUGGAUGACUGCUUGAUUCUACAAGCCGGAGAGCCGUUUGACAGCAGGUCAGCACUCUGGCGAGCUCAAGACUGGGGCGCAUCCCAUGCCCUCCAGGAGACUUCACAUCAGAGCUGGCCGUACCAUAACGGAUGUUCCACAUUGGCCCCACUGAUGUUCUCCGAAGUCGGUUUGGGGACAAAAGAGGUGAACUUUCCAGUUUUCCGGGAGAAGCGAAACCUCACCAGUGCUAUGGAUGAAAUGGUGUUCUACUGGACCAAGCUUGCUACUCCCGAGCUGAUCCAGGAGACGAACGAGAAAUCGUCCAACGCAGCAUACUACCUCCUAAAACAUGUCGCUCAACACUGGGUCAACCAACUUGAGCUUAUGAAUACGACCAUCGCCAGGGGUGAAUGGUUCUCGGAUGACUAUCAAGCUCAAAUCGACGACAAUUUGAGUAAACAGAAAUGGAAGCUAGACCUACUGAAGAUCAACGAGAUCGCCAAGGACAUCAACUACAUGCGUCGACAUUUGAACCACUUCUGGCGUGCAAUGUACCUCAACCUCGAACGCCUAGGCGUGCAAUUGGGCUGCGAAGGUGUCGACGCGAAUGCAUCCCUGGCGAUCCGAGACGCGCAAAAAGACUUCCUUACAAUACACACAAGGAUGCAGCCUUUACGCGAUCGUGCAGAAGCCUUGAACUCUGUCUCAAACGAUCUCGCAAAUCUUCGGGCGGCGUUCAGAGGCGUCUCAGACGGCGAGUUCGGCCUCCGUCUCAGCUUGUUCGCAUCCAUCGUCUUCCCGCUUACCCUGCUUGCUGGUAUCUUCAGCAUGGGGGACGACUUUCGCCCUGGGAGGCCAAAGUUUUGGCAUCUCUGGGCUAUCGGCAUACCCGUUUGCGUUGUGGUCGCACUCGGAUUGGUGUACGGGAGAAGGCCUUGGGCAGUGGCCACCGAUCUUUGGGAGUAUGUAAGAUCAUGGUUCGAGCACUACGGGCUCAUGAAGCCCAAGGAAAAGAAUGCGGCGCAGAAACAGAAAAUUGAAGGUACACAAAUGAAAGAGAAGAGAACCCGCAAGCAAGGCGGACGAGCGAGUUUGGUGAGAAGGACAGGUUGGAACGUCCGGGACGAAGAACAUGGUGUUGAUGAUUGA